ACACCGGAGGGGGGCGGGUCAGGAAGUGGGGGCGCGGCGGCCGGGAGCGGGCCUGGGGCGGCCGAGGGCUUCGGCGACGCGGAGGGCUGGAGACUCCGGGCCGCGCGGGAGCCGGAGGGGCGCCCCGGCCUCCGCGGAGACGAUGGCGGAGGAAGAAGGACCAACUAUAGAACUGCGCCAAAGAAAAAAGCCAAAGUCUUCCGAAAAUAAAGAAUCUACCAAAGAAGAGAAAAUCACUGAUACUCCAACUCCCGAAAGAACUCCAAAACAUAUAUUACUUCAGCGCUUUGCAAAGAUUUUCAUUGGCUGUCUCGCAGCAGUUACCAGUGGUAUGAUUUAUGCUCUCUAUUUAUCAGCAUACCAUGAACGGAAAUUCUGGUUUUCCAACAGGCAGGAGCUUGAGCGAGAAGUCACAUUUCAGGGCGAUAGUGCCAUUUAUUACUCUUAUUAUAAAGAUAUGUUAAAGGCACCUUCCUUUGAAAGAGGUGUUUAUGAACUGACACACAAUAACAGAACUGUAUCUCUGAAGACUAUAAAUGCCGUGCAGCAGAUGUCUCUGUAUCCAGAACUUAUUGCCAGCGUUUUAUAUCAAGCAACUGGUAGCAAUGAGAUUAUUGAACCAGUGUAUUUCUAUAUUGGCAUUGUUUUUGGAUUGCAAGGAGUAUAUGUUACUGCUCUAUUUGUUACAAGUUGGCUUAUGAGCGGAACUUGGCUAGCUGGAAUGCUAACUGUUGCAUGGUUCAUAAUUAACAGGGUAGAUACAACAAGGAUUGAAUACUCCAUUCCUUUAAGAGAAAACUGGGCACUACCAUAUUUUGCAUGCCAAGUUGCUGCACUUACAGGCUAUUUAAAAAGCAACUUAAAUACUUACGGAGAGAGGUUUUGCUACUUGCUGAUGAGCGCUUCCACCUACACGUUUGUGAUGAUGUGGGAGUACAGCCACUAUCUCUUGUUUCUUCAAGCAAUAUCCCUGUUCUUGUUGGAUAGUUUUUCGCUGGAGCAAAGUGACAAGGUUCAUGAAGUUUAUAAAAUCUAUGUAUUUUCUCUGUUUCUGGGAUAUUUACUGCAGUUUGAGAAUUCAGCUUUAUUGGUGUCUCCUUUAUUAAGUUUAGUAGUAGCCUUAAUGCUUGCUAAGUGCCUUCAGCUGAAUGUGAAGAAAGGAACUUUUGUAGCUAAAAUAAUGAAAGUGAUUAAUUUUUACUUGGUGUGCACUCUGACAGUAACAUUGAAUAUUAUAAUGAAGAUGUUUGUCCCACACAAAGAAAAUGGACACAUGCUGAAAUUCCUUGAAGUAAAAUUUGGACUAAAUAUGACUAAGAAUUUUACAAUGAAUUGGCUCCUAUGUCAAGAAUCCCUUCAGGCACCAUCUCAAGAUUUUUUUUUGCGAUUGACACAGUCUUCUUUAUUACCUUUCUAUAUUUUAGUGUUAAUUAUUUGUUUUCUUUCUAUGAUUCAAGUAAUUUUUAGGAGAAUUAAUGGUAAGUCCCUGAAAGAAACUGUUACACUUGAAGAUGGACGAAUUGGAGAAAGGCCAGAGAUAAUUUAUCAUGUGAUUCACACUAUUUUAUUGGGCUCUCUUGCAAUGGUUAUAGAAGGCUUAAAAUACCUCUGGACUCCUUAUGUAUGCAUGUUAGCAGCGUUUGGUGUAUGUUCUCCUGAACUUUGGAUGACACUUUUCAAGUGGCUUCGAUUACGAACUGUACACCCAGUAUUGUUGGCUCUUGUUCUGAGCAUGGCUGUGCCUACUAUAAUAGGUCUCAGCUUAUGGAAAGAGUUUUUUCCAAGAUUAAUGACAGAAUUAAUGGAACUACAAGAAUUUUAUGACCCAGAUACGGUGGAGCUUAUGACCUGGAUAAAAAGGCAAGCUCCAGUUGCAGCUGUGUUUGCAGGAAGUCCACAGUUAAUGGGUACGAUUAAAUUAUGCACUGGAUGGAUGGUGACAAGCUUGCCUCUUUACAAUGACGAUGAUCUCCUCAAGAGAAAUGAAAAUAUCUAUCAAAUCUAUUCAAAGCGAUCUGCUGAGGAUAUUUAUAAAAUACUGACAUCCUACAAGGCUAAUUACCUAAUUGUAGAAGAUGCUAUCUGCAAUGAGGUGGGAACCAUGAGAGGCUGCAGGGUUAAAGAUUUAUUAGACAUUGCAAAUGGCCACGUGGUUUGUGAAGAAGGUGACAAGUUAACCUACUCAAAACAUGGGCGAUUUUGUCAUGAGGUCAAAAUUAACUAUUCUCCGUAUGUGAAUUACUUCACUAGAGUAUACUGGAACAGAUCCUACUUUGUAUAUAAAAUCAACACUGUGAUAUCCUUUCAGUCUUGAAAAAUAGUAAGGCCUUCAUUUCCCUUAACACCACCUGAAGUAAAAUGUGAUUUUCUUCUACCUACGUGGUAUCUUUUGGAAACCAGAGUGUGGACAUUUGAGACGUUGCUGCUGCUGUUUUCCCCUCCUGCCGUUUCCUGGGUCUAGCGUUCUGUGGGGAAAAGAUCAAACGUUACUGUCCUUGGUAAAAUGUCAGACCUCCCACUCCGCAGUAUUCCAGCCAGGUGUUUUCCUUCUUGUUGUAUGAUCUUUAAAGAUUUUACCUUCUGAACUAUUGUAAAAUUUUCCUCAUAAAUCUUCAUUCCAUCAUGGCAUUGGUCUUGAAUUUGAGUAUGUUCAAGAUCAGAGUGUAUCUCUCAAAUGUAACAUUUAAUAAAUAUUUAAUGUGAUGUAAUUAUAGAUGGGAAGAAUUAUUCUUACCCUCAAGGCAGUUUCUGAAGGUAUUUCAUGGUAUAUAAUAGAACUGAAAUAUUACAAAAAAAACUAAAGGUUCGCUGAGAAUUUGUGGCAUUUAAAUUAAAAUGAAAAUUAUACAAAGAAAGUGAUUUUUGAGGAUAUACAUAAAGAUAUAUCCAGAUUUUCCAUGAUACUGCUCUCAUCAUUUGCUGCUUAUAUAAGUAAGCACUUUCUUAGUAGUAUAUAUUGCAUGAUAUUGCAUUUUAUUACUUUAUGACUAUUAAGUGGUUAGCUUUUUUUACUUAUGCCCAUAAAUUUGAUACCAGUUUAAUCAUGAUAAAACAGUAACUCUUGUUACCUAUAUAUUUUUUAAAACAGACAUUUAAAAGAAUGUUAUUCAAGUUUUUUAAAAAUACGGAUAUGGAGUAUAUAAUGUACUCACAUGUUUUCUACUGAAUUAGUAAGUAAAAAAUUAAAUCUUUUUCAGAAUGAGAAAAUGUACACUAAAAUGAGCAGCAGUUUCUAGAGACACGUGCAGACGCUGUCACGCAUAGCUCUGCAAGGGGAUGUAUUUGUGAUAGAGCAUGAGCGCCGCUAUUUAAGAAACUGCGACGUAGUCUUCAACAUUGAGAACUAAAUGGCAACUGUAAUAAAAUUCACAGCACAGGUUCACAAUCUAAUGUUAUGUUCCUUUAAGUUAAAUGUUUUCGUAUUUUUAAUUAUUAAUUAAAAGAAAUUCUAAAAUGAUUAAUUUGACUUUAUAAAGAGAUUCAGGGUAGAUGUAUCAUUUUAGUAAGAUGGAAUGCAUGUUUUUACCUUAUACAUCUAAGUGAACAGAUUUGCAAAUUUUUCACUUGUUAGAGUACUAUAAAAAUUGCAGUUUCACUACCCUAAAUUACUAUGUUAGAAAGGAGCAUCUUUCCAUUAUCUUUAUUUUCUGGAAUAUGUAUAUUUUAAAAGAAGAAAAAGCACAUGUGUUCUUAGGCUAGCUCUAAGAUGUUUUGCUCUUUUGGAGCUUAAUAAUUGUUUGAUAGCAAUGUCCUGUGUCUGGUAUAUUAGUUCUGUUGGUUGUCAUUUCAUACUUUUAUGUAACGUUGAACACUUAUAUCAAGACAGCUACAGGCAGGCUAUUUCAGGUUCUUUUUACAUCUUCAUAGUGAGUGACUAGUAUUUAGCUUCAAGCCUUAUGAAAAUAUUACCAUAGUUACCUAAGUGUACAGUGAAUAGUCACAUGGUAGUACUUACGAUUAGAGAGAGCAUAUAAAAUAGUGUAAUUUAAAAACUGGCUUGCAUAUUUUGAAAGGGAGAUAGAACAGCCUACUUUCUAUUCUAUGUAGCAUGAAAUAUUUAAUUGAAUUUUUAUUGAUUUAUGAUCAAAUAUGCUGAAUUAGUUCUGACUGUUGUGUGUUUAUUGAUUUUGUUUUUGACAUGUUAGUAAGCUGCUUUUGCUUCUGUCACCUUCUUAAAUAAAACAGAUUUGGAGCAGCUUUUAAUUGAAUUUUUUAAAUAAUGAAUUUUUCACUGAGCAUUAGGUGAAAAGAAAAAUGUGAGCUUUAUUAUAGAAAUAAUAAUACUGGGUAUGAGAGAUAAGUUUAUUUGCUUCUAUUUAGCUGUAGUUAAAAUAAUUGUAAUUAGAAAACUUUGAGGAGCAUUUAAUUAAUUUCCUCACUUUGUAGAAUAACAAAUGAUUAAGAAAUUCUGCAAGUAAUUCCAUUUAGGUAACUUACAGUUGUUAGAUUUGACAGUAAGGAUCUACUGUGAAAGGAGCAAAGUUUUUGGGUUUUGGGCAGAAGGAUUUUCUCAAAGAAAUAUAAAAUGUACUUAGGCCUUGAUGUUGCAAAACCAUUGAAAUAAGUGCCUUAACCUCCUUAUUUCAAAGUUUAUUUUUAUUUUCAAAAAACAUCCAUUUCUUUCUUUCUCAUAAGAAAAUUUUGGUAACUUUUUCCUCAUCAGUAAGCACAGAGAAAGAAUCCUCACUAUGCUGUUUUCACUAUUAACUUUAAGUCAUGAUUAAGCAAAUCUUUACUAAGGGUAGUGAUGGGAUUUCUAACCUGGUUAAUUAAUUCAUUUAGCCCCCAGAUGCCAAGCAAUCCAACAAAUAAAACUUACUUGGUAAGGUCUCUGAUACUGACUCUGUGCUGGUUUAUAUUUUCUCUGACUUUGACAUUGUGUCUCGGUGCUUUUUGUUAGACUGGUAGGGUUUUACAACCUAGGGAGUAUGCAUUGUACUUCAAAGCUAACUUUUUCUUCAUUACUUUUCUGUAUGUAUAAACAGCAUGUUUUUUCAGGACAUUAACCCAAAUUGUUCAUAGCCUCGAUGUUGUGACACUCUCCCAGACAACUGAGAUUGAGUUAAGGAAAAGUAGAAAUGGAGGUCGAAGUGUGUUGUAAGUUGGGGUUGAAAAAUACACUUUAAAAAAUAAGUGAUUAAUUUCUUGAAGGAGCAGUGAAUAGCCAUCUUAUUAAACUUUGUUGUUUUUGAGAAAUCAGUUGUUUUUUGGCCCUUUCUAUUUUUGAACUGUUAAAACAUUUUGAUGCCUUUUGUGGGUAAAAGUAGUGUCUCUCUAUAAAAUCGGUGGAGUUUCUGAAAGUUGUGUAUGUAAAUCAGUUUUUGAGUAAAUGUAUUUAAAGUGCAUGAAUAUUUAAGGGCCUGUAUUAUGAACUGCUCUGUGCAUUUGAGAACCCUUUGUAACGCAAGUGACUGCUUCCUGAUUUACAUCUCAAUAUAUUCUCUCAUUUGUCCAGUUUUUAAAAUACACACUCUCUAUUGUUGCUAUUUGCUAAUAGAUUUAGAUUCCAAUAUGUAUUAAAGUUGCAAGUAAAAUUGAAUAAUUUCUUUUGAAAUAGUAGCUUAUUAUUAAGUUUUUGAAUGUGUAAUGUUAAUACUUUAAAUAAAAUUAGAUGUGAAAAUUGCAAAGAAAUAUAUUUGAUUCAACUAUUUUCCAUCCAUUAAGGUUUCUAAACAUUAUACUUGAUUGCCAUAAUUUUAAAAAAGGGCAUUUUAGAACCCAGUUUGCUAAAUUUAGCAUAAAGGCAUCUCUGAAUCAUUUCUGUUUAGAAGUCUCUUAGAACUUACAACAUUGUAACCUUGGCAUGUAUAAUCUUAUGUGCAUUUUUUUGUAAGAGAACAUCUGACCACUGUAUUUAUUGAUAUAAUAGUAUCAGAAAAAAAUGCAUUCCAUACUUACAGUGUGAGAUAUCACAUAAGCAACCCUUUCAUAUUUUAAAUUAAUAGCUUUGUACAGCUAUUUAACGAAGAUGAAUACAACCACUUUUAUGUAUGUUGACUUCUGAAUCAUAUCUACAACAAUGUAUAUUUAGAUUAAAUGUGCUCUUCCUGUAACUAAGGCUACAUCUUUGCAAAAGAAUAAAAGUUAAUUUCAAUAAACAAAUCCUUUAAAGAGUUGGGUUAUCAACUAGUUUACUUCAUAUUUUGUAACAUUAAAUGUACUUUUAUCAAGAAUGAAAUUAUUUAUUUCAUGCUUAGUUACACUCCUUGUUUUGUUUCUAUAAUAAAAACUUUUUUUAGAAUUUUAA